AUGUUGAUUGUUUCUGAAGAUGAAAAUAAUAUUCAACAACCGACAACGAGAAUAUCACUUCGACAAUUACGAAUAAUUAGGAAUUCGUUUGACGAUGAUCCACCACCAUAUCCUGGUCUUGAAAUAACAGCACAUAUUCGUCCUAAAACUACAUAUUUUCUUCCAAAACGUUCGUCGAAUAUUCAUGAUCAAAUCAUUUCAAUAUCAAAUGAUGAAUAUUCUUCAGAAAAUAGUCAAGAUGCUAUUCAAGCACGACAAUGGAAAGCAUCAGAUAAUCAGUAUCGUAUUUGUUAUACUGGUAAUUUAUCUGAUGAUUUUCUUCGAAUACAACUUUCUUUAAAAUCUCAAGUUACUAAUCAAAAACAGUUCGAUAGAACUUCUUUUACAACUGUCGAAUCAGAUCAAUAUAUUCCGUCAACAUUCUAUCAUUUUAGCACAAAAUCAUCUACUAGUAAAAUUUUUAAAAGAUCAAAAAUUCAUGCACGAAUGCUUCAUAAUAUUCUUACAAAAAUUGAACGAGGACAAACAAGAAAACUACCAAUGGUUCCUGAAGAACCGAUUACUCAAAGUGAUGGUUAUUCCUAUGAAAAAGAUGAUCUAUGUAUUAACCAAGAAGGCAUCCCACUUCCAGCUGCACCAUUUGUUACUAAAUAUGAAUCGUUACAAUUAGAAAAAUCAUCUUAA